AUGGGCAAUUACAUCUCCUGCACUCUGUCCGGCACUGGUGGGGGCCGGCGAUCCAACGGUGCAAAAGUGAUAUUUCCAGAAGGCAAGAUCCGACAGUUCGAUGAGCCCAUGAACGCGGCCGAGCUCAUGCUCGAGACACCCAACCACUUCUUGGUGAAUUCACAGUCAUUACAGAUCGGCCGUAGGUUCUCAGCACUCGCUGCAGAUGAGGACUUGGAGAUGGGCCACGUGUACGUUAUGUUCCCGAUGCGACGGCUCAAUUCCGUCAUCACACCGGCAGACAUGGGCAGCCUUUUGAUAAUCACGAACUCCGCCGUCAAGUGGUCCACCGGAGGAAAGGCUAGGAUCUUACCAGAGACUGGUGGGCCACGGGAAAAUGAAGGGCCAAGAUUGAAUUUGGAUGACAUUGAAGAUGAGAUGGUGAGCGAGUUUAAGGCCAGGGUUAGCAUGUGUAGGUCAAGGAAACCCUUAUUAGAAACCAUUAAUGAAGAGACCGUUUGUUCAAGAUAA